CCGUCCCCCCCACCCACCCAGGAUGGCGGCGUGGGUGCUGCUGGCGCUGGCUCCGGUGGCGGCAGGAGUGAUGCUCAGCUUCGCGUCCUACUACGGCGACCACAUGGUGUUGCAGAAGGAGCCAGCGGGGGCCGUGGUAUGGGGCUACGGGGAGCCAGGGGCUGCGGUGACCGUGACUCUCUCCAGAGACGGUGGCCUCAUUGUCAUGAAGAAGAUGGUGCAAGUUAAAGGACCUCCUGGGACGUGGACAACUGUCCUGGACCCUAUGGAUCAGGGCGGUCCCUACAUGCUGACGGCCGGGCAAGGCUCAGAGAAUGUGACGCUGCAGGACAUCUACUUUGGGGAUGUGUGGCUUUGCAGUGGGCAAAGCAACAUGGCAAUGACAGUCCUGCAGAUCGCCAACGCCAGCCGGGAGCUCGUCGCCGCCGCUCACUACCCCUAUGUCCGCGUCUUCGCCGCAGCACCCGCCCGCUCCGACGUGGAGCUGGAGGACCUGGAGCGAAUCGACUUGCCGUGGUCCAUCCCGACGGCUGAAAACCUGGGCCAUGGGAAUUUCACCUACUUCUCGGCCGUCUGCUGGCUGUUGGGGCGCUACCUCUACGAGGCUCUGCAGUACCCCAUUGGGCUGGUGGAGGCGGCCUGGGGGGGCACCCCCAUCGAGGCCUGGUCCUCCCGAAGGGUUCUGCAGGUGUGUGGGCUCCCAGAGGACAUGGGAAGCAUCUCCCCACACCGGCAUCUCUCCGGCCCACAAACGCCCUCUGUGCUCUGGAACGCCAUGAUCCACCCUCUGCUCAACAUGACGCUGCGGGGUGUAGCUUGGUACCAGGGAGAGGCCAACGCCUUCCUGCACACAGACCAGUACAACUGCACCUUCCCCGCACUCAUUGCCGACUGGCGCCAGGCUUUCCACGCUGGAUCGGCCGGGCAGACGGAGCCGGUCCUCCCAUUCGGCUUCGUGCAGUUGUCCACCUAUCGCCGGAGGAGCCUGGACGACAGCUUCACCCGGCUCCGCUGGCACCAAACAGCUGAUCUAGGGGUCGUCCCCAACGCCAGGAUGCCUGGCACCUUCAUGGCUGUGGCGAUGGAUCUGUGCGAUGAGCGCUCUCCCUAUGGCAGGCGAGUCCUGGCCAGGGGGGCGAGGGGGCAGCAACAAAGCUAUCGGAUACCAACCCCCCCGCCCCCCCUCUUCCUUGGCAGCAUCCACCCCCGGGACAAGCAGAACGUGGCCCACCGGCUGCACCUGGGUGCCAGGGCUGUGGCGUACGGGGAGAAAGACCUGGUUUUCCAGGGGCCGUAUCCCACCCGUGCCAUCCUGGAGGUGACCAGGGGUCUGCUGAAUGUCACCUACAGCCAGGAGCUCGUCUGCCGUCGGAGGGACACGCGGGCGUUCGAGGUCUGCUGCUCCAGCCAGCCGUCCCCGUGCACGUGGCUGCCGGCACCCGUGGUGGCAGUGGAGUCCCGCACGGUGAUGCUGGCCGUGGCCGGCUGUGGGACGCUGGUGCUGGGCUUGCGCUACGCCUGGGCCGAGUGGCCCUGCGAGUACCAGUCCUGUGCCCUCUACAACAGCCAGGGGCUGCCCGCACCCCCUUUCCUCCUGGAUGCCCUGCCUGCAGGGGAAACUCUGGGGCGCUUGGAAACAGCCGGAGGGAGGGAGCUGCUUCUCCUCCCCGGCUCCUGGUUCUCCCAGGGGAUUUAGGGGAGGGGGAUGGAGGAGGGAGCUCAGACCUCACACAGAGUGGCUCGGAGCUGAUGGCACCGUGCCUUUCCUAUUCAGGGAGGCAGCUGGCUCGAUUACUGUCUUACUAAUUAAACAACUUUCCAGCUCCUCUUUGGCCUGAAGUCAAGGCUGCAGGGGAAAAAAAAAAUAU